CCUUUAUUGUCAACGUCAACAAUGAUAAUGUCACCUUGACAUAUGACAUGUAUGCGAUGGGAACGUGACGGAAUUGAUAGCAAUAAUUAUGUCGUUCUUAAUUUAUUUUACUGUUAACUAUGUAAAUUGAAUUAUCGCUAGUAUCCAUUACACGUUAUGCACGUGUAUAUCGUGGAGCACGGGCUGUAGCGAUGGACGACGGGGGUAUGAAUCACUACGAGCAACAGCUGUACACAGUGUUCAAAACGUUCGACGUAGAUAACGCGGAGGCGCUGGACCGCGCGGCCGUGCUGCAGCUGUGUGACGCGUUGCAGCUCGAGGGCCGCGGCGCCGCGCUGGUGGAGUCGCUGUUCGAGCGCCGCGCCGAGCGCGUCACCUUCGCCACCUUCCGCAACGGGCUGCUCGGCGUGCUCGGCGCCGAGCCCGCGCCCGAGCCCAGCGACGACGACUCCUCCGGCCGCGAGGUCGCGCCCAAGUUCGUCUUCGGCUCCAAGAAGUACGGGCGCCGCUCGCGGCCAGUCCGCGCCGACGACGCCGCCGCCGCGCCGCGCGCCGCCUCCGCCUCGCGCCUCGACGCCGACGCCGGCGCACGGCCCCGCAUGCGCUACAAGCGCAGCGCCUCCGCCAUGGAGGCCCGCACUCCUCCGCCGGACCUCCUCGACCACGAGCGGCGCAUAGACCGCGCGCAGGCCGCCGCGCUGUGCCGCGACCUUCACAUGGACUCGAUCGAUCCGCGCCUCGUCGACCGCAUCUUUGACGACGCGCCGGAGGAAGAGACGACCGUAGGCGAAUUCUUUGAUAGGCUUAAUGCGGCUCUGACGCCACUAGCGGCGGGCGAGAGUACGGCGCCGCCUGCCAUACCGCCACCCGAUCCGCCUGACGGAGAGGACGACGCGGAGGGUGCGGUGACCGGCGAGGCGAUCGCCGAGGCCUGGGAGCGCGCUGGCGUGCGCCGUCCACGCCGGCUCCUAGCCGAGCUCGGCUUCACCGCCACUACUUUGAGUCCUGCCGAGUUGGAACGUGCGUUAGAUGACGAACUACGCGCGCUGCCGGCGCGUGAGGAGCGCGACGCGCGACCGAUACUGCAACAAGCGGCACUGGCCCUCAGCCGCCUCCGACGCGUCAGCGCUCGUGCGCGCGCCGCCGCCGCCGUAGCUGAGCGCGACAAGCUCCGCGCCGACCUCGCCGAGGCCAAUCGACGCGCGCAGCUCCUCGCCCAAGACGUAGAUGAAAACCAUGCUCGCUUAGAAGCGGAGCGGCAGGCGGCACUUCGCCUGUUAGAAGCGCGGCACGCGGAGACCACGCGCGCUGUCAGCAACGAGGCUGCCGCGGAGCGAGAGCGGGCCGCGACGGUUCGCGCCGAACUAGAAGCUGAAGUGGCGCGACGUGGAGAUGUAGAGGCGAAGCUGCGUGCCGAGCUAACGGCGCUGCGGCUGCGAUCAGAACAGCUGGAGCGACGUGUGAGCGCAGCGGAAGAGAGAGCUACCGUAGCAGAACGCGAGCGAGCGCGGAUGGAAGAGGAGGCCCGCGAGGCAGCGGCGCAAGCUGGACGGGCGGUGGAAGAGCGUCGUGUAGCCAGCGAGGCGCUGGAGCGACAAGUGCUGGAGCUACGCGAGGAGUGCUCGUUGCUACGGGACCGCGCAGACGAGCUGCAGGCCGGGCUCGAGGCGCGCCGCGGCGCCGCGCCGCCGCCCGCCGCCGCCACCUCGUGGCGUGACGAGGCCGAGCUCGCGGCCGAUGCCGACGCCGCGCUCGACAGGAUCGAAGAUUGCGACUCGUCGCCGCCCAGCAUUGAGCGCCUAGUCUUCCAAGCGGACGCCGCCCGCCGCCUCCGAUCAAUCGCAGACUCAUUAUCACCAGAGUGCACGCGCUGCGCGGCCGCAGCGGCGGCGUUACGGGGGUUGAGCGACUCGCCGGCGGCGCGGGGGCUAAAUGAAGCGACGGCGGCGCGGGGGUUCAGUGAGUCGGUUGAAGCCGCUGUGCAGACGGAGGAAAAUGACGAAGGACAGCGCAUUGAAGAGCUCCAGAAGAAACACGAGGCGGAGAAGAAUGACUUGAAUAAUUUGAUCGCUGAACUAGAAACCAGUGUGGAGGCUCUCCGCGAGGAAUACGAGCGCUGUGAGGAGUACUGGGCGGGCAAGCUAGCGGACGAGCGAUCACUGGCCGCCGACGAGGCGGCGGCGAGCGACGCUCGCCUGAGCGAGCUACUCGCGCGAGUGGCGGAGUAUGAGGCGCAGUUCAAGCCGAGGUUGCCGGCGCUGCAUGAGAGCGAGCUGGAGCCGCAGUACGAGCAGCUGGCGCAGGAGUUUGACGCGUUCAAAAUAGAAGCGGCUCGGGCGCUGACGGCGGCGCGCGCCGACGCCGACAAAACGCGCGAGGAGCUAGAAAAGGCGAGGACGGCGCCUCCACCCCCUUGUACCUGUCGACAGAAAACUCCGCCGGCACCGCGGCCCGCCUCCGACGGCGACCAGCGUUUAGUGGGUUCGCAUCCACCGGGGCCGGGUGACAUGUCGCGGCGCAGCGUAUCGGCGGGCGCGCUGGCGCACGCCGCGCACCAUGUCGGCGGCGGCGGCGGGGGCGGCGGGGUCGGCGGGGGCGGCGGGGAAUCGAAGUUUACAGCGUGGAUUCGGUACGUCGGAUCAUACUUCGAGGGGUGUACACCUACGUGGGCCGGACCGGACGACAUUUACUACCGGUCCGACCCCAAAAACGCGAAAAAAUAUAUGUCUCCGCAUACGUUUCGGAUAAUAAUGUGGGGUCUCGUCCAGGGCGCCUGCUCGUGCGCGGCGCUGGCGGCGGCGUGGCGGCGCGCGGCGGCGGCGGAGGGCGCGGGGCUGCGCGCGCGCGCCGCGCACGCCGAGCGCGCCGCCGCGCGCCUGCUCGCGCGCCUGCAGGCCGCCGACGCGCUCGUCGCCGAGCUCUACCGCGAGAACUGCCAGCUGCAGACCCACGCUCGCCCCGAGCCCCGGCUGCUGUGA